AUGGAAUAUCAUUUUACUCAGAUACUUCAACCCUGCUGGGAGCUUAUGAGAGUGGUAGACUUGGUGAAGAUUCCAAGGGUAUCCAAAACAAUCACCUGCCCAGUACCUGGUGGCAGAUUUCCUGAGCUGAAUGUAUGCGGUCAUGACUUUCCCACAAAGGAUGGUAAUGGCGCAUUUGAAAAAGCUUCUGACAAGAAAAUCCCUGUCGAGUUAUGCCCGCGAAAGCCUGGCGAUGCUACAAAUGUUUAUGCUCCCACAGAGAAAGCUGAGAAAGAACUUGGCUGGAAGGCAAAAUACGGGCGUGGAGGAGAUGUGCAGAGAACAAUGCUCAUGGGUUCACUGCACACACACAACAAUCCUCAUGGGUUCACUGCACAAGCUAUUCCAGAUCAAUCCACGGCGCAUGGACCACAGUAA